AUGGAAAUUACACCACCUGAUUCUUAUCACAAUGAACCUAAAAAAAGAAGAAAGCAAAUUAAAUCUUGUAUGUUUUGUCGUAAGAGAAAACUAAAAUGUGAUAAAGCAAAACCAAUGUGUGGGCAAUGUAAAGAGCGUAAACUACCUGACUGUCUCUAUACAGAUUUUAAUUUUCCUGUUAAUUCGAUGAAGGAUCUCUUUGAUAACACUCCGAACCUAGAAUUAAUGGAAAGAAUCAAGCUUUUAGAACAAGAAGUUGAUGAAUUAAGGCGACAACAACAGCUGCCAUCACGGCAGUCUAUUAAUACUAAUGUGAGUAAUAACAACAUUUCUAAUAGCAACAAUAUACAAGAUACAAUCUUCAAACACGAGACAAUAAUGGUACGCGAAAUGGGUAAUCCAUUAUGGAAUUUUAGAAUUCAAAAAAUCUCACAGGGGAAGAGUCUUAUCUUUGGACCGACUUCAUGGAAGACAUCAAUAUAUCUUGAAAGCGAACCUGUUAGAGAGAAACAUUUUGAUUUAUGGGGAGAAAUAAUCUCCAAUCAAAAAAUAUGGAAUCAAGAGCAUGGUAUAACAACAAAAGAGUUUAGUGUUUUAGAAAGUUCUAUUGCAAAUGAUUUAACGGUUAUGGAAUCAAUGUGUCAGGAACUUCCGAGAUAUGAAGAGAUUAAAACAUGCCUUGCGGAUUAUUUUACUUCACCAUUAAGGGAGCUCUUAGAAAUCAUGCCGGAAAAGACAAUAGUAUCAGUAUUUGAGCAACAUUUUAUUGCUGGUGGUGCAUUUGAUCCGAAGACAGGUAUUAAACAGUCCAUCAAAUUUUCUAUUAGAGAACCGCAAGAUUAUUUUCGCGUUGGAGUUAUCGUUUCCAUAAUUUGUAUUCAAAAAUUUCCGCAACAGAUUCCUGCAUCGAUAGAGAAGUUUUUCACAUUCCUUUCAGGUGUUCCAUUAUCAUCCGUCAAUUCAAUUGAUAAAGCAUACUUCUUCGCCUUCCAAUAUAUUUAUAGAAUAUAUCACUGUCCAAAUGCCAAUUGGGAUGGCUCAGAAGUGGCAGAUUUAGUUGCUUUGCUUUGUCAAAGUUGUUUAAAUCUAGGUCUAGAUGAUAUGGAUAGAUGGUGUAAAGAUGAGGGGGGCGAACAAGGAGAAGAACAGAAAGAUGUUAAUGGUAAUAGUUAUGACGACGAAGUAAAGAGUUUAACAUUAUUAUGGAAUUUCACGCUAUUUGCAGAUGUUUGUGUUUCUUUUGACAUGGGAAAACCUUUAUUCAUUUCAAAUAACCAUUUUGAUCAUACUCGAUACUUUAGAAACGUACUAACAGAUAAAUCAGUAGGUCCCAAAAAAUGUAGAAGGGAUAGGUUAAUGAAGAAUUUUCUUAAAGUUGGAAGGCAAUGUAUCAACAAAGUGAAUGAUCUAAUGGAGCCGGUCGAUUUAAUUUCACUAACUACUGAGCUGUUAGAAUUCAUUGAAUCAUCUUUUCUGCCUAUAAAAUAUUAUACAUCUAUAGGUCUUAUCGGUGCAGUUGAUAUAUGGGAUAUUAUGAUUUUAUCACCAACAUUAGGAAUGCUAUUAAAUUUUUUCGAUAUGAACAAGUCCUUCUUAAAGAAUAUCUCGUUUUAUAACAAGAAUGGUAUAUCAAAAAUAAUUUUCGUUAGUGUGUCAGCUUGCGUCACUACUUUACAAGUGAUGUAUGCCCGAGAUUCCUACGUGAAGAGGAAAACGGAUGACAAUUAUUUAAAACCUAAUCUCAAUCUCUGUUUAUUAUUACUUAAUACUUUAUCCAUCCGAACUUUGGCUGAAAUGUAUGGAUUAAUGAUAGAGAAAUUAAUGUUGCUUGAAAAGGGUAAUAUACGAUUACCAGAAGAUGACGGGGCAAAUGAUAGGGCAAUUAAUAAUGUUGAUAUGUAUAUUCCAAAUGAUUGUUAUUAUCCCGUCUUAGGAACAGUUCAGAAAUUUUUAAGUGCACUUGAUCCAUUAUUUGAUCCCAUACUACAAGAUUUCCAUCGAGAAAUUUCCAAAUCAUUCGCUUUAUCUUCUUUAUUUAAAUUCGAAAGGUUAAGUAGAUCCAUGUUUGAUAAUGUAUUAAAGUCAAGAACGCUAAUUCAACAACAAUGGGAUGAAAGGGGAUACGAUUUAGACAACUUAUCGGAGAAGAACAUGGAAGACUUUCUCGAUGAUAUCUGGAGUGUCUAUGAGAAACAGAAUCCAGAUUAA